AUGGCCAAGAGCUUCAAGAUCACCGUUCUCCCCGGCGACGGCAUUGGCCCCGAGAUCAUCGAGCAGGCCGUCCGCAUCCUCGAUCUCAUCUCGAAGAAGACUGGCCUCCAGCUUGAGCUCACCACCAAGGACUUUGGUGGAGCUGCCAUUGACAACCACGGCAACCCUCUCCCCGAUGACACCCUCAAGGCGUGCCAGGAGUCGGACGCUGUCCUCUUUGGUGCCGUCGGCGGACCCAAGUGGGGCACUGGCGCCGUGCGUCCCGAGCAGGGCAUUCUCAAGCUCCGCAAGGAGCUCGGGCUGUACGCCAACAUCCGGCCCGCGUCGUUCGCGUCCGAGAACCUCCUCCAGUACUCGCCCCUCAAGGAGCACAUCGCCAAGGGCGUGGACAUUAUUGUCGUGCGUGAGCUCAUCGGCGGCAUCUACUUUGGUGACCGCACCGAGGACAACGGCGAUGGUAUCGCUGUCGACACGUGCAAGUACUCUGUCCCCGAGAUUGAGCGUAUCACGCGCGUCGCGGCUCGCAUCGCGCUCGCCGCCAACCCACCACUGCAGGUGACGUCGCUCGACAAGGCAAACGUCAUGGCGACCUCGCGCCUGUGGCGCAAGACCUUUGAGCGCGUCAUGAAGGACGAGUUCCCCCAGCUUCAGUACCAGAACCACCUGAUCGACUCGGCCGCUAUGCUUCUCGUCGCCAACCCCCGCAAGCUCAACGGUGUCGUGGUGACCGAGAACCUGUUUGGUGACAUUAUCUCGGACGAGACCUCGGUCAUCCCCGGCUCGCUCGGCCUCCUCCCCUCUGCGUCGCUUGCCGGCGCGCCCGACGCGAGCAAGACCGUCAUGGGCGUCUACGAGCCCAUCCACGGUUCGGCGCCCGACAUUGCCGGCCAGGGCAUCGCCAACCCUAUCGGCACCAUCCUCUCGGCCGCCCUCAUGCUCCGCUACUCGCUUGGAUGCUCCAAGGAGGCCGAUGCUGUCGAGGCUGCGGUCCGCAAGGUCCUCGACUCGGCCGCCGACGGCGGCUACGACUUCCGCACCAAGGACCUUGGCGGUGACAAGGGCACCAAGGUCGUCGGCGACAAGAUCCUCGAGGUCCUCGAGACGCUCCUCUAA